GCAGAUCUAGAAAGGGCCGCGCUUACGUAUUUUAUUUAAUUCCUAGCUUGAAACUCUGGCCUAGAUUAGCUUGACGCAUCUUCUAAGCUGGAUUGAAACUCCGGCCAUAGCUUAGCUUGACGCAUCUUGUUUCUUGCCACGCCAGGGCUCCUCCGUUCGGCGGCGAGCGAAGAAGAAAGGCUGGCCGGCCGCCGUAGAUCUUAAGCAGGGAAAACAAGCGCUUAUUUACUUGAAGGGAAGGCUAUUCGAUUCGGCAUGGAUGACAUCGACAACCAACGGAAUACUCUUGUGAGCAUACUACAGGAUCCAAUUCUGGAUGCCAAACAGCUACCCCUGCCACUUUUUGAGUAUAUCACGGAUAAUUUUUCAGAUUACCGUGUAGUUGGGAGUGGAGGGUCUGGUACGGUUUACAAGGGGUUGCUUCCAAAUGACCAAGUGGUUGCCGUUAAGAGGCUUCACAUCAAUCGACGGGUUGUCGAUGAUAACGCAUUUGAUGCUGAGGUGGCUAGUAUGAAGAAGCUGAGGCACAAGAACGUUGUACGCCUGCUAAGCUACUGCAUUCACAUGGAGGAACAGGAAAUCCUGUAUAAAGGAGAGAAAAUUGUUGCACAAAAGCGAGAAAGGCUGCUCUGCAUGGAGUUUGUACCCAACGGCCCCGUCAAAAAGGGUGGUCCACCUCGUGGAGCCGAAUGGCCAGAGCGCCAUCGGAUAAUAAAGGGGAUCUGUAAUGGUUUGGAUUACAUUCAUGGAAAAGGGUUAAUUCAUUUGGACUUGAAACCCGACAAUAUAUUGUUGGAUGACAGCAUGGUACCGAAGAUCGCUGAUUUUGGUAUCUCACGGUUCUUUGGUGAUGAAAACACAAGCAACGCCGGCAACUUUGCUGGAACGAGGGGAUACACGGCACCAGAGUUCAUAGACGAUGGCGUUGUGUCAAACAAGGCAGAUAUAUUCAGUCUUGGGACUGUAAUAUUUGAACUUCUGACAGAAUCGAAAGGACCUAAAGUUUAUCAAGAGACACAAAAGGACAAGAACAGUUUCGUACAACAGGAACUAGUAAAGUGGACUGAGGCAUUGACAAAAACACAUCAAGGGCGUGCAUUGGAGAUUGCUUCUAAAGAGGUUGAAACGUGCCUUAAGAUUGCACUGAAUUGUAAGGACCACGAUCGGGAUCGGAGGCGUACGGCAAAGCAAAUAUCACAAAUUCUUUAUCUGACCUUGGACCCAUAUAUUCUGGACCCGGAUAAACCCGAGGAAGCUGUGCACGUGGAGAACUUCACGUCACUGAAAGACAUGGAUUUGCAUCCAAGUCAACCCUGGAUUCUGUUAAGUCUCUUGUCGGGAUACAUUGUAAUGUUGAACUACGACACCAAGGUAUCUCUGACACCUUUUAAACUGAGCGACAAGCCAGUUCAUUCAGCUAAAUUUGUGGAAGGGAACCGCAAUUGGAACAUUGUUGCCGGUGAUGAUCAUGGGAUGCUGCAUGUGUGCAACUUCGAUUGGGUUGAACAGGGGUUCGUAAUGGUUAAAACUAUCAUUGUUAGUGAGGGUAAGGGUAUCAUAUCUCUGGAUGUCCAUCCAUCCCAGCAUUAUGUGCUACUAUCUACUGGCUCCAGCAUUAUGAUCUGGAACACAGAGGACUGGACGUGUAUGAGCAUGUAUCAGGAACCAAGCCACUUCAGGACAGUGACGCAUGCCUCUUUUAACACUGACCAAGAUGAAUUGUUUGGUGUUGGUUGCUGUGAUGGAACAGUGAAGCUGUGGAGUCAUGCUCCUCCGAUAGCUUCAGCAGACAAUCCGGAGCCUUACGUUGUGCUGGAUGGUCAUUCAGAACAAGUAUGCUCAGUUGAUUACAUCAUCGGCAAUUCUGCUCCUGCAAGGUUUCUAGUUACUGGAUCUAUGGAUAAGACUGCCAAGGUGUGGAAGUAUGAUGAUAAGCCCAAGGAUUAUCUUGGGGUUGCAUCUGUUACAGAACCAGAAGCCACGCUUAAACAUGCUGAUGGUGUAACUGCGACCUGCUAUGUCCCGGAGUUGAAAAUAAUAUUAAGUGGAACAGAUAAAGGGGUUGUCACGGUGUGGUGCGCAGUAACAUACAGCUGGAGAUACCUAUGCUUUGGUCUCGGACGAGUUCACAGUCUAGCAUAUUCAACGGGAAGAAGGAUAUUCAUCGGACAUGAGCAUGGACUGGUACUGGUAGAUAUUGGUCUGCAACAGCUAUGAAAUUAAAUGGAGAGGCAUCAAGCUGCUGGUAUGGACAACACCCGCUCCCGUGCGUCGCCGCCGGCCGUCUUCCGUUCACACCAGCGCGCACCCUCUCCCCGCCGCCGUCGUCGGGGGCGUCGCCGGCAAAGCCGGUGCUCCGCAGCAGCGGUGGUGGCGUUUCUCCUCGCCAAAGACUCGGUCAGGACGGCGGCGGUCCGCGAUGGCCGGAUAUACAGCAGUGGUGCGGGACGGCGGCGGCCAGGCAGGCGGCAGCGUUCGGCGACUGGUCCAGUGGCGGCGGCUUGGGCACCCGAUUUGGGUCCAAAUGGGCUUCGAGCGGGCCACACUUGCCGAUGUCGUGUACCGUCCCGUCAACGGUAGGCUGCCCCUGGAAUCGACCCGCAUCACGAGGACGUCCGGGGCUCCGGCCCUGGACGUGGCGGUGGUGGCCACCUCCUUCAUCAAAGAUGGUCAGCCUGAGGCUGGGUGGUCAGAUCUCCAGAUCCGUCGUCUAGUCCUGGCUGCGAGUUGGGGAGACAGUGUUGCCGGUGAAAACCAAGCCGAUGAUGGGUGAUGGCGGCGUCUUGCAUCGUUACCUUGAUGAAGGCAUUGUCUUGUAACUUCUGUCAACCCACUCGUGCUACUUCGGGGGAAACCCUAAGAUCUGGUCAUCCAGAUCGGACGAUGGCGGUACUGCAGUGUCGUUACUCUCUUGGGAGCAUCGUUUGGGGAGCAGCGCUGGAAGAUAGAGGGAGGAGGUGGAGCGGCUAAGUCUUGGACGGAGCUUCGGCGGAGAUGUCAAGUCAUGCAUGGCCGACAGGUGCUACGCUGUGUCAUGCCUGGUCGGCAGGUGCUACGCAUGGCAGAUCUUUCAGAGUCUUUGUGUCUGGAUGAAUGCGCGCAGGGCGGUGGUGCCGUUGGCGCCGUGGUCGCGUCGACGGAUGUCUGGACUGUCAAGGAUGAUGCGGAUCUCUAUCCUGAAGAUGGGUCAGCGGUCUGAGGAUGAUGACGGCUUCUAGCUUCUAAAACGUGUGCAUGUGGUGCGCGCUUUAAGACAGUUGCACCGGCUGUUGGUCCAGAUACGUUAGGUGGACGGAUCGUCGAUGACACCGAUUUUAGAUAUGGGGGGUGACAACACUCCACAUUAUCGAGUUUAUAGGUGUGAGUGGUGGCUUCGGGUGGCUUCAUGUAUUUUCUUGUCAGACCUUUGUGAAAUAAUUAAUAAAGAUGGUUGCAUGCAUCGAUUGAUGGAGAGGCGAGGGUUUAACCUUCUUUUCUAAAAUAAAAUGGACAUCAGUAACAAACAAGAUAGGCAAUCAACAAACCCGAACCAAAGACAUUUCUUUAAUUCAUGCACUUAUAUUAUGGGACAAAUAUUUUGAAAUUGCAAUGAAAUUUUGAAAAAAGAGAACAAAAAUUGAAAU